AUUAUGUAAUGCAGCAUAAAGUACAUGUGCAUGUAUAAGGCACCAAUGUUCAAGGUCAAACUCAAUAGCUGUUUAGUGCUAAAUUACAGAAGACGAAAACAGUGUCCACCCACACAUUCACAUUAAUCAUAGAUAUACUACACAGACCGGGUCUGUGUAUUAAAUCUAUGCAUUAAUUAAAGCGUACACCCAUGCACACUAAUAGAUUUUAGUGGGUGUGGUGAGGUGUGGCCUAUUAACAUGGAGGAUGAGAGUGCUGUAGUGCUCCAUUAUUCUCAAUUACUUAAAGAUUCUCGCUCAGUUUCCUGUCAACUGGAAGCUCUCAGACGUCAACACGAGACACAUCUAUCAGAAUUGGGUCAGAAAAAUGCAGAAAUCGAAGAAGGAGAAGAUGCUACUCUUUUGAUGGAGGCCAGGGAAGGAGCACUAGCUGAAUCUUUUAAUUUAUUAAGCACAGGAAUACAAGACGCCAACUUGGUUGAAGCUAUUAUUGAGUACAUUGAAUAUGGAGAGGGAGAGAGAGCAAAGUUAAAGGCUCAAGUGAGACGUCUAGCAGACGAGAAUGGCUGGCUAAGACAGGAGCUACAGAAAUGUCAACAAUCAUUACAAGAAAGUGAAGUAGAGUUGUGUAAGGUACAGGAAGAGAAAGAGCAACUAAGUUAUCUUGUAAACUUGCCACAGGUUAAAGAGAGAGCUGAUGUUAAUAAUGAAAAUGUGGAGGAAGAGGAGGAGGAGGAGGGGGAAGAUGUGGAGAGAGAGGACAAGAGUGGAAAGAAAGACAGAAAUGAAGAGAAAAGAGGAGGAGACAGUGAUGAGUCGCAUUAUCAGAAACUUCAUCAAUAUGCAUUACAACACAUGCACCAAGGUAGACAUGAUGUUGCUGUCUCCUUGUGUAAGAAAGCGGUUCAAGAGUUAGAGAGAACAGCUGGUAGAUACCACCCAGAGAGAGCAAACAUGCUCAAUGUGAUGGUAGUCAUUUACAGAGAGCAGGGGAAGUUAAAAGAAUCUGUGAAACUGCUACAAGAGGUUUUGGAGAUACGAGAGAAAAUCAACGGCUCCACUCACCAAACAGUUGCUUCUACGCUCAAUAAUUUGUCAGUCUUACACGGUAAACUAGGAGAGCAUAGAACAGCCGAAGAUUUCUGUCGUCGAGCACUGGAGAUACGACAAAAAUUGUUAGGUCCCAAUCACCCUGAUGUGGCACAGCAGCUAAUAAACCUAGCAACACUUUGCCAGCACCUUGGGAAAUACGAGGAGGUGGAAUGGUACUACCAAAGAGCACUAGAGAUAUAUCACACAGAGUAUGGACCAGAUGAUCCAAGAGUAACAAAAACACUAAAUUACCUUGGUAAGUGUUACAUGAAGCAAGGUAAACUGGAAGCAGCUGAGAGUAUAUUCAAGAAAGUAAGGACAUCAGUGCAAGCCCAAGAGAGUAGCAUUGGGAGGGACAGUCGGGAGCACUCCUCAUCCCCCACUUCAAUGCUCGGGCGGAUAACCCCACCCCUUCCUGUUUUAGAAGAGAGGAGACACCACACUCUUCCGUCUCCUAAAAGGAGCGCAAGUGCUCAUCGAUUGCAGGGAAUCUCACCUUCUUCUUCUUCCCCUUUGAGCAAGGGAAGGGGCGUGACUGGAGGAGGAGGGGCUGUUUAUGAAGAUAAAAUAAUUGACAACGAUCAGAGAUCAAAAGCAAGUCGAGCAUCUUCGGUCUCUUCUAACGUCCUCAAGUUCUUUAAAUGGGGAGGAGGAGGAGGAGGAGGAGGACAACCGUGUUAGUUACUGAAAGAUAGUCCAUAUCAAUCUAUAAUUAAUAAUCAUUAUUUAUAUGAACCAUAAUAUGAUGUACAGUGUUCUUAUUUAUUAUUUAUAGACAUUAUCAUUUUAUUUGUUUCAUAAAUAUUUUUUCAUCAUUUCCGACAUUAAAGUAUGUAGAUUCUAACACAAAGAGAUACAA